AUGGCUCAGCCACUCCAUCCUUACCUCUACGCCUUAAAAACGUUCCGUAGCACACCAAAAGUCGCAGCAAAGAUGCUUCGUACGGUAAUUAUUCUGGGCUUCUGCUUAGCGGUGGCCACAGCCGAGAUGUGGGCCGUUGGGGUCGCCGGAAAGCUGGCUUGUAAUGGAAAGCCCUAUAAAGAUGCCAAGAUCAAGCUCUAUGAUAACGACCACUGUAAG